GACACAACUCUAUGUGGACCUCUCCUCUUCCACAUAGCCACCACAAGCUUCAGAAAAACCCAUACAAAACCCUACAAAUCUUAUCAAACAAACAGAAAACACACAAAAAGCCUCUUUUAAUUUGUUCUUCCUUUUGUCCAUUACCGUUUGUUUCCUUCUCUCUCUCAUUACAUGCUUUUGGUAAUACCAAAACUAUAAAAAAAAAGAUGCUAAAUAUGGAGCGGGAGAAGCAGCUUCGAGGUAUAUCGAUUAUCGCGGCAGAAGCGGUUAACCCGGAGAAGUCUCGAGGAAUCGCGAUUCCUGCGGUGAGAGCGGUUGUGGCCGACGCGUUGCUUCUCACGCGCAGCCUCUCCGGCACGUUUUCAUCUGCAGGCUCGGUUCCAAUCCGUGCACCAAUCACGACUGACGACGAGGAUGAUGAUGAUGGUUCUGUUACGGACGAAGGUAACUCAGAUUCCGGGACUGAUGAAGACGAUGGCUUUGAGUCUGUCUCUGGGGAUGCAGACGAUGAGGCUGAGCUAGAGGAUGUGAUUGGGGUUCUAGGGGAAGAAUCAGUUGGUGAAAAUGGAGACGGGAGUGUUGUGUUUAGGCCACUUGGAGGUGAUGUUGAAGAGGAAGCUUCUGUUAAUUACUCUCCUUUGGAGGAAGAGAGUGAGGAAAGUGAGAGUGAAGUUAGUGAAGCUAAAGUAGUCAUUCCCCGGGCCAGCUUGUCUUUGAAUGAUGAUGAAGUUUUGGGUAGCAGUGGCGAUGAAGAAACUGAAGUUCAAGAUAGGGUAUUGCAGUCUGGAGAUUUGGGAAUGGUUGAUGAACCUGAGUGCUCAGCUUCUGUUUUAACUGAUGUCGUUUCCACAGCGGUUGAGAUGAAGGUAACAACAGAUCGGUUAGAAGAUGGUUUGAUAUCCUUUGGGGAUAUUGAAGAUUUGAGUCUCGGUGUUCCAUCAGGAGGUUCUGAUGAUGUUAUGGUGCAAAAUGAGGGGAGUAUAGGCUUGGAUGGAAGUUCCAGGCAACUCAUCGAGGAGGAUGGUGGUGGUAGCAUUCAAGAAUCUGACGCUUUGAUGAAGCCAGGUGAUGUACAAGGAGUAGAAGAUAGUGCAGUUCAACUAUCAGAUUGCUCAGGCUCUGUAACAGGCGAACUUGUUUCCACUGAGGAAGAGAUGGUGCAAGUUAAUCUUUAUGAUGAUGCUUCGGUGUCCUUUGAGACUGGUCUAGGUGCUGCGCCAGGAGAUUGCAGUGCGUUAGUGGUGGAAAGUGAAGGAAACGCUGUAGAUGUGGACAAAGGGUUAGAUGAAACUUUCAGCAAGCUUGUUGAACAAGGGGUAGGUCAAGAAAGUGUCAGCAAGGAGAGCGAUAACAAAAUUGACGAUGGUAGUGCUUGUGAAGCAGAUGAAUCGAUGGUUCAUGGUGAAGGCUCUAUUGGAUUAGGAAGUGGAGAACCAGGGGAUGAAGACACUGGAUUCAUGGUAGGCGAGGCAAAAGAAGUAACUGAAAAUGCUUGCGGUGCUCUUGGAAAAUUAGAAAACCCAGAAUGUGAGGACGAACUUGAAAUUGGUAGGAGUUCUGAAUGUUCUCAAAUGACUCCAACUCUGGAUUCUGCAACGACGAGAAACAUUGAGGUCGCUCGAGUGAUAGAUGUUGAUGUAAGUGGGUGCGAUUCUUUUAUCCAAAAAGCUGACCAAGAGGCUGAGAAUGAAGGAACACAAGAAUCAGAGGAUAUUGAUAGGAAGCUAUCACUUCCUGAUGAAGAUAGAGCAUCAACAUCAAGUAGUUCCUUUGAAAUGGCUAAUGAGAGUGUGGAAAGUGGGGAGAAGAUUUCAGAACAGGUUAGCAAGCAAGUCACUUUUCAGUCUGAUAGUGAACCGGCGGGCAGAGAAGAAACCAGCUUGCUUUCGGUUAAGGAUGUUGAGAGAAGCAUGCCUGAAAAAUCUUAUGUAACUGCUAAUGUUGUGAUGGAAAAUGAGAAGCAGAUGGCAGGGCUAAUUCAUAAUCACAAUCACACUUGUCUGGAGCUUGGCAAGUACGAAGGAACAGGCGAUACAAAGGAGAAACUCUCUGAAUCCACUUUUCAGAAUCGUCCUGAAGAGUUAUCCUCCGAUAAUUCUGUACAGCUGAUAAGUGGGAGAGUGAAGGAAAGAAUUGAGAAGACGAAGCUCUUGAAAGAAAAAAUCCAGAAGAUUAUAAAAGGAAUUGAUCUUUGCAAUGAAGAUUCAGCUGUUACUGAAGUUGAGUCUCAGCAGAGCCUAGUAGGUGAAGACCAUCACACAUCCUCAGAGCUUGAUGAUGAUCACGUGUAUGACGGAACAAAGACAAAGCUGCCUGAACAAGAGUUUCCACUCGGUCUAAGCUUCUCUAUUAACGUUCUUGUCAUCGGGAAAACCGGUGUGGGAAAAAGCGCAACGAUUAAUUCUAUCUUUGGGGAGACUAAAUCUGCUGUUGGCGCAUUUAGAGUUACCACAAAGUCUGCAAACUACGUAGUUGGGAACGUUGGAGGGAUCCUGAUAACAAUACUUGACACGCCAGGUCUCAUGUCCUCUGCAACCGAGGAAUGGUAUAAUCAGGAUGUCCUCGUGUCGAUAAAGAAGAGCAUGAGAAGGUUCCCAGUUGAUGUCGUCCUCUACAUUGACCGUCUAGACGAGAAUCCAGACGUCCGCUUACUUAGAACCAUCACCAGUUCUUUAGGCUCAUCCAUAUGGAGAAACGCUAUCGUGGUUCUAACUCAUGCAGCUUCUGAUGUUCCAGAUUCUUCAAGCUACACUGCUCAAAGAUCUUCUCUUAUGCAUCAGUCAAUCAGACAAGCGGUUCCAGAGUUAAGCUGUGUUGACCGGAGAAAGAUGCCUGGAAUUGUCUUGGCAGAGAACAACAUGAACGAGUCUACUUGUCCGGAUUGGAGAUUGAACCUACUGGUCCUGUGUUGCUCUAUUAAAAUCAGGUGCAACUCCGGUUCAUUGUCAAAGCAGAAAACCCUUGUAGAAAAGCCGGAUGCUUUUGACUCCUCGCAGCUUCGCUCUUUCACUAUAUUCUGUUCCUUGUGGAAUGUGUUGCUUCUUGGUUCUGACCAAGGACAUGCUUCGCAGUCACUUGCUGAUUUGGAGGAGAAGAAAAGGCGUUUGCUGGAAUCGUACCCUGAGAUCCUCUGGGACGAACAGAGUCAGGAAAGUCUGGAGCAAGAAGACGAGGGGAGAAGACAUGAAAAAGAAAGUGUGAGAAGAAGAAGAAGAGGAAGGCUUGGAUUCCAAGCUACGAAAAGGUUGGGUAUCUAUCUCGAUACAUGUGAUUUGCACACAGGGUUUUCAAUGGGAAACCGUUACCAUGGCAGUGGAAAGGUGGAACAAGAGGAAGGGAAGGUGUUGGUGAGGAUGAGAGGCUCGUUGUCUGUUUUAGGAUUGGUUCAUGUGGUGAUGUCUGUAAUAACUUGUGUCUACGGUCGGAAAGAUAUUUAGAUUGCUCUCAAGUUGUAGUAGAAUUUGUAACAGCAACAUACGUAUCUAAUAUGAGCUUUCUGUUUAUACUAUUUGAUGGCCCGACCA